AUGUGGUUAUGCAUUGCAGCUUCCUGGCUUGGCCCCGAGGUGUGCAAGGAGAGCAAGAGAUACAGAGAGAGAGCGAGAAAGCGAGAGAAGCAGCAGCAUGUCUGUUUGUUUUCCAGUGUGUCUCUGCCACUUACUGGGCCUGCUAGACAACAGAAGUUUUCAGAGGGUCCAACGGACGAUGCGUAGGCCUACAGCUUAACGAGCGCAGGUAGGACUCACCUGUCCUCUUCAGUGGGUCACAGAGUCAAGUGCAGGCCUCUAAAUUAACUUUUUCCAUCACUAGCCACAAUGACUAGCAGAUGUCAAUCUUACUAGCCAAACACACACUCACUAAAAGUGGGUGAAAGUGGCUAGUAAGUUGGUCUUUUCUACCAGCCAAGCUGAAUUUUUAACUGCAUUUGACCGGUCGGCUGGUGUUAACUGAGAGCCCUGCUCAAGUGACUCACAAAACAAAAUUGACAGACGAAGAGCAAGAGAGUGUGUGUGUGAGAGAGAAAAGAAAGACGAGAGGAAAGAGAGUAGCCUAGUAGGGUAGUCGUGGUCUUGGUCGUGGUCGGGGCUGAUCGAGGAGGUGAUGGCGGCCCUCCUGAUGCGGAUCUUCCGCCUGGGCGCUGCGGAGAAGAAGCGCGUCAGGCAGUACGAGCACCUCCGCAGGGACGAGGACCCCGGGGACACCUGGGAGACACAGGGGGAGCUGGGGGACGGAGCCUUCGGGAAGGUCUACAAGGCGGUCAAUAAAUCGAGUGGGUCCUUGGCGGCGUCCAAGGUGAUCGAGGUGCGGAAUGAAGAGCAGCUGGAGGACUACAUCACAGAGAUCGACAUUCUGGCCCAGUGUCGCCAUAGCAACAUCAUCUCCCUGCUGGACGCCAUUUUCUUUGACGGCUGGCUCUGGAUCCUGAUUGAGUUUUGCCCUGGGGGAGCAUUAGAUGACAUCAUGCUUGAGCUGGAGCGGGGUCUAAGUGAGCAGCAGAUCAGCGAGGUGUGCUGCCAGUGUCUGCAGGCCCUGUCCUACCUGCACCAGCACCACAUCAUACACAGAGACCUCAAGGCCGGCAACAUACUGCUCACCAUGGAGGGACAGGUCAAACUGGCUGAUUUUGGAGUGUCUGCGAAGAACGACCACACACUCCACAAGAGAGCCACGUUCAUUGGCACCCCCUACUGGAUGGCUCCUGAGGUGAUCUACUGCGAGACGUCCAAGGACAACCCGUACUCCACCAAGGCCGACAUCUGGUCACUGGGCAUCACCCUGAUCGAGGCGGCCGAGAUGGAGCCCCCACACCACUCCCUCAACCCCAUGAGGGUGCUGCUCAAGAUCACCAAGUCCCCCCCUCCCACGCUCACCAACCCUCGAAUAUGGUCUUCGCACUUCCAGGACUUCCUGCGGCGUGCGCUGCAUAAGAACCCUGAGUCCCGCUGGGGGGCCCAGCAGCUGCAGACCCACCCCUUCUCCUGCGCCGGGCGCGACGGCAGAGCACUCAAGGAGCUCAUCGCAGAGGCCAAGGCAGAGGUCACGGAGGAGAUAGAGGCAGAGUCUCUUCUGGACAUCCAUAGCGCAGCAGAGUUAAGUGCGAAUCAGGAGAAGAGACCCUCCGUGUCUGUGGAGACCGAGGCCUUGCCCACCACACAGGAGAUCCCAUCCCCUGCAGGAGAUCCCUCCCCAACCUCCCCUCCAGCCCAAGAAGCACCCGUUCCAGAACCCCAGGCCCAACCCCCGGAAUGUUCUACUCCGGAACCCACAACACCCACUCCAGAACCUUCUUCUCCUUGUGUGGAACCGGCAGUGCAGACUCCACAGGAAACUGGCUCGGUGAUGUCCAGAAAGGCCUCCUCGGCAGGUGACAAGGCCCAGAAAAGGGCACGACGGCGGUCGGUACCAGGCACCCUUCUGUCCUUCCUGUCCCGACGCAAGUCCGGUUUCUGGAGCGAAAACCCCAUGUCAAGCAAACAGCAACAAGCAGAACAGACAUCCAACAGUAAAAACACAGAGGGACAAGCAGACACAGCCACUGCUAGUACGAAUGCAGACGGACAUGCCAACGCGGCCACCAGCACAAACACAGAUGGACAGGCAGACACAUCCACCAGCGUCACAUCCACAGAGGGUGCCCCAGGUCCCACAGUGGGCCCCACAGAGGCUUGUCAGGAUAUGUUCGAUUUCAAGGCUAUGCCAGCUGAUGGAGGCUCAUCUGAGGAGAAAGGGGACAUGGUUACAGUUUCUGGUGGUGAAACGUGUGAUAAAGCAGCAGAAAGCCGUGGGACUUUGGAGACGAAUGGGGCAGAGGGACAGGUGACGGGUGACGAGGUGGAUGCCAAGAUGUCAAGUCAGUCACCUUCAACAGACACACAGCUUCUUGCCUUGACAACAUGUCCACCUACGACAUCGGAUAAACAUCCACCUCCUACAUCAGACAGCCCACCUCCACCUCUGGCAUUAGACAUGGAUUCACCUCCUGGUGAUAAUCUUUCACACUCCACUACAGACUCACAUCCAUCCUCUGCCCCAGACACACAUCCAUCUUCUGCAUCAUCAGACACACCUCACCCUCCGGCUUCAGAAACACUGUGCCCUGGGACUGAAACACUAGUCACAACGGAGUCGAACGAGCCCGUUCCUCUUGUUACGACAGAAACCUCAGACCUUGCCGACGUCUCACACGACACACAGGAAGUGAUGCAAGCCUCUUUAUCUGGUAGUUCCUCUCAGACGCGGUUGCCAGGCAACACCAGUAGCAGCAACAGCAGUGACUCCCCGACCACAGAGCAGCCUGAUCAAACUGACUCAGGAGGAUCCCAGAGUCGUUUGGUUCCCGCUCUUGCUCUUGAAGAACCUCAGUGUCCUCCUCCUCCACAUGACAACUCAGGUCCGAGUGUGAGGGACUCCUUAGACCUGGCCACUGUGGUGGGCUCAGAAGGCACUCCUGAUACCUCUACUACAGGUAUCACCAAGCACCCGAUGCUAGCCGACCUCACGGUUAACUCUGGGCUAGAUGUGGAUAAGCUAGACGACGAGGCGACCGAAGAGCAGAGUAGUAGUAGUAUUAGUAGUACACAGCUUACUGAAAGUGAGACAGUGGAGAAGGAUGGAGGAGAUGGGGGGUUGGAGGAGACAUGCCAGGAACAUGGGGUGGAGGAAGGUGGAGAUACCUCAGGGGUGGAUGAGGAGGUUCAGGAUAAGGCAGACGUGGUUGGGCACCCAGAACCCAGAAGUCCAACUACCGAGCCCAAUGUUACAGACACUGAGUCCAAGGCGAGGGACCUUGAGGUGGUGGCCGACUCCAAGGUCGUAGAUGUCGAGUCCAAGGUCAUAGACACUGAGCCAGAGGUCAAGGUCAUAUACACUGAACCUGAAGGUCAGCCAGCUUCAUCAGUGUCAGGAGAAGGGACAAACAUCCAUAGGCCUGGAGAGGCAGAACUUGAGGCGGCCAGUCAGCAAGUUUUAUCAGAGGUAGCUGAGGAGAAAGAGGGAGGGCAGGCAGAAAAGACAGGAGAGGAGAGAGAACAGAUAGAUGAGCAUAAGGAGCCAAAUGAAAGAGGGGAGGAGAAAGAGGAAGAGGAGAGGAAAGAAAGUCUUGGUGAACCUGAGCUGCAGACAACAGUGGUGGAACUGUCAGGCAGUUGUAGUGAAACUGCGAAGAUGAGUGAAUCAGAUCUGAAACAGUGUGACAACUCAUCUCUUGUAGAUAGUGUAGAUAGUGUAGAGACACAGGUGAGAGAGGAUGAUACAAAGACAGGAGAAAAAGAAUCAGAAGCAGAAGAAUCUUCCAGUCAAAGCAGAACAGAAGAGAUAAGUAGUAACAGCCACCUGGAAAAUAAUGUUGGUUCUGAGGGUGACAGUAAAGUUGAGGAACCUGAGAAGACACUAGACGAACAGAAUCACAAAGAGGCUCCUCCUCAGCAAACCAAAGACACACCUUCACUGAAGUCAACGAAGAAGGUGAGCUUUGAGGUGACCACGGACUCUAAUGGAGGUGUGGAGGGGAGUGGGGAGCACUCUGAUAAGACACUUUCCAAUGGAGGCACCUCCGAACCCCCGCUCUCACCGGCCAACGGGUCCCACCACACGGCGAGGACGCUCUCGAUCAGUAUGGAGGGCCAGAGUGAUGCAGGUGACAAAGAGAAGGUUCCCAUGUCCCCAGGAGCCGAUGGGGAGCUGGUUCCCAGCCGGCGCACGGUGAAGAGGACCCGCAAGUUCAUGGUGGACGGGCGAGAGGUCAGCAUCACCACCUCCAAGGUCAUCAGCCAAGGACAAGAGGACAAGGACGAGCAGAUGCGCUCCGUCAGACGUCAGGAGCUGCAUGCCCUAAAGCAGCUGCAGAGAGAGGAGCAGAGAGAGUACACGCAGCUGGAGCAGAGACUACAACACCAGAGGGAACUCAUGUUCAGACACAUCGAACAGGAGAUGACCAGUAAGAAGCAGUACUAUGACGGUGAGCUGGAGCGUGUGGAGCGUCAGUACCAGCAGCAGAGCGGCCGCAUGGAGUCGGAGCACACGGCCCGGCUGACUGAGGAGGCGCGCAGGCUCAAGGCCCAGCAGGAGAAGGAACUGCACCGCAGGGGAACCACCAAGGGGGACCCUAAAGAGGAGCAGCGUUUCCUGCAGAAGCAGCAGCAGGAGCUGAAUGAGGCGUUGCAGAGAGCCGUGCAGGAGCACAAGCGGAAGCUCACCUCCUUCGAAUGGGAGAUCACCGACAAAAUCAGACAGCUAAAACGAGCUCGUGAGUCUGUGAUCUGGGAGCUGGAACAGCGCCACCUGCAGGAGAAGUACCACCUGUUCAAGCAGCAGGUGAAGGAGCAGUACUCCCUGCAGAGGCAGCAGCUCACCAAGAGGCACAGCAAGGAUAAGGAGCGUGCCUCCCGGUUUCACCAGUCCCUGCUGGAUGAACAGAAGGGGCAGCAGCAUCAGGAGCGGAGCCGCUUCCAGCGCAGCCAGCGGGCCGAGUCCAAGGCCCGACUCAGCACCUUCAAGGCGGAGCUGAGGAAGCUAAGCCUGAGUGGGGCAGAACACAGACAGCGCAUCACACAGUUCCUGGCGGAGGAUGAGAGUAGGCAGCGUGUGGAGAGGCAGGCCCUGGUGCAGACACAGGAGGCCCAGCUGAAGGAGGUCCAGGACCAGUGUGACUCCAACAUCGCCGAACUGCAGCAACUACAGAAUGAGAAGCUGCAGCUGUUGCUGGACAUGGAGAAAAAGAAGAUCAAAGCGCUGGAGGACGAACACACUCUGGAACUGGACGAGUGGAGGAAGAAACUGGCCUGCCGAAAAGAGGCGUUAGAGGACGACCUCGCUCGACGUCGGAGGGAAAAGGAAGGGAGUAGGCGGAGAGGCAGUGAACCAGAGAGCCGAUUCGCAGCUCGGCGACCAAAGUUCUUCCCCAGUCUUAGUUUCUCCUAAUCUACAGCUGUAUACAUUUGGUAGCCGAGGGUUAAUGUUUAGGGAGUUGAUUUGGUUAGGGUUGCAGUCCAUGAGUGUGACC